AGAUUAGACCCCUAGCCUGUGGAUGCUGCCCUAGAGAAGACCAAAAAAAAAAAAAAAGAGCUUUUCCUCAGAAGAGGAAAUAGAAGAAAAUCCAAGUCAUCUAAGAUCUGGAAGAGCAUUUGCUAUCACUUUGCCCAUUGUCAUCAUUUUAACAUGUUCCAUAUUUGGAGGGCAGAACCAGAGCCGGUAGAUUAAAAUCAUAGAUAUAUAGACUUCUAUUGAAGAGUUAAUUUUGACAACUAUAUAUUUAAAAAGAGUAGGCAGCUUGCGAAUAGCUGGUUUUUGCUUAUAUAGAAGCAUGGAGAAUCUGGAUAGCUCCCUGCUAGGAAUGUUGUGCUACCUGAAGCUGAACUUUUUUCUAGCCUUCUGGAUUACUUAAGAACUACAUUUUACUCUCAGGUGCUUACUUUUAUUACACUGUAUGUUAUUAGUUAAUUGCCAGUGAUAAUGAAGUAAUGCUCUGUUCCUACAGUUUUUCAGUGUUGUGAUAGAAAUGAAUUUUCACAAUUUUGACUGCUGCCAUGUUCUUUUUUGACAUGCCAAAUCUUUGAAUGAAAAUGUACUAUUAGCGGUAAGACUAAUCAAAGUAUGUUACUUUACAUUUUUAUGAAGAUUUAGGAUUCCUGUUGCUUGGACCAUGACAGUAUUGAAAAUUAUGAAUUGAUUAUUGUUAAAAAUGAAGAGGAUUAAAUGGAAACAUUAUAGAGUACUGAUGAAUAACUGGACUGUCUGAAGCAGUGUAAAACUGGAAGAACAUCCUUAAACUAAAUUUUCUGUGUUCUAGGUUUUAAACCAACUCUUAAGUGAUUGACAAGAGUCAAGACAGCUCUUUGUGAACAUGAUUAUAUUGGAAAACAAAAUCAGGCAGCAAUUCACUUUUUUGCUUUUACAGAGGUCUAAAUAUUUUUGUUCAAAAAUUGUAUGAGUAGCUAAUAAACACAUAAGACCUCUGGAUUGAAACACUACUACAAUAACUGUCCUACUGUUUCUUUUAUAUAAGUUAUUUAAAGGUUUGAAUAAAGUAAAUCCUGCUUUUAGACUUAAAAACGGUUAACUUAGAUUUUGUAAUUUUAAUAUAUCACAAGUAAAUAGCAAUUUAUAUAGAGUAGGUAUAGAUAGGUAGCUCUCUUACAUAAUCAUUUCCAUUAUCAAUAUAAAAAGCAGGAGACUUUCAGGACAAUUUAAUUUGAAAUAUGAUUUUAAUAUCAAGGAAAAUCUUGAUCUUAGUGUCAUAAUAUUUAAAAAUUUUAAAUAAACAAGUGUAAAGUUUUAAUGAACCUUUAAGAGGUAGUUGAUCUCUUAAAUAGUGCUGGUUGGUUUAAGUGUACUGCAUUCUACUACCCCUGAGAGGUUUCAAGCAUAGGCAACAGAACAGAAGGAAAAAGGCUCUAAGUAUUUUUCUUUCUUUUUGGAAUGUAAAACUUCUGGGCAUGUGCAUCCCAACCUGGAUAUCCCCUUUUCAUGAGAUCCUAUGGUUAGGGUUGGAGAGGCUAUUAUUGAAAGUCCAACAGAUAGCACUCUUCAAAAGUGCUGGAGGUACAGAAUGGGUCAAAAAGUUCCUAUUCUGGAGUUUAGUUAGGCAACAGGUGGAGCAUAAAUAUACAUGAUCCAAGUGCUAUACAGAAAAAUCAAGGGAAGGGGAGAGAGAGAUGCUAUUUAUAUAUGGUGCUCAGGGAAAUCCUCUCUGAAGUCUCCACUAGAAUGUAAGCUCCAGGAAGUCAGGGACCUUAGCUGCCUUGCUCAUUGCAUUCCUUUUGCUCAGAAGGAUGCGGGGCACAUAGUAGACAUUCAUUGUAGUUGAAUGAAUUAAAUGUGGGCACAGAGAAAUCAGUUGAAAAAUCCUCCAGUUUGUUAAUUGUGAGGGUGAGCAGCAGAUACAGCUGAUCUUAAUUAUGUCACUCUAAUGCAGUUUCGCUGAAAUACGAGAAGCAGUACUAUUGUCUAGUUUGAAGCCACUAACCUCAAAUAAGGUAUCACCUGUCAUGAGUCGGUCGUCACUUUUGGCAUCCUCUACUAAACCAGGUCAGCGUUCGGUCCAUAUUUGGCAGCAUGGAUAACCGAGAACGAUUCGUCAAUGAGCAUUCUAAGUAUGGCAAUGCUGCAGAUUCAUCGAUGACAGCGUUUAACUUCUGUUAAUCCCAGAAGCAUAUAAUAGAUGUUCGCUGAAUGGAUGAAUGAAUAUGAAACAGUAAUCGUGACUCUCCACGAGAAGCAGACUUGGGAGAGCGGUCCCACUUCCAGUCUGGAGAUAGGGGAUGACAUACUCUUCCCGCCAAGACAUGUGGGGGGCAAGAAACCCGGUUUGCGAUCCUGACCCCGAGGACCAUAAUCUCUCCCAACCGCCGAACCGUAGCCUGGAGCCUUCAUGAGCGCGGGGGAGUUCUAAAGGCGCGUCAAGGGCCUGCGUCACCAGCUUGCGUCACCAGGCCCGCGCGCCCCGCCCCGCCCACCCGCCGGCUGUAGGUCUCCACUGGCUGCCUCGUUGGAGGCCCGCCCUCUUGAAGGAGAAGGAAACCCCGGUAGCCGGUCUAAAUAAUCUUAACUAACCAUUUCUUAACCAAUCACUAGCAGCGAUCUUCAGCCUUAUCCAAUGAGAUCGGGCACCCGUCGCGGCCCGCGGAGUUUAAUUUUCCUCCAGGAACGCGGAAGUAGCGAGCGGGUCGUGGAGCCGAAGUACAGUUUGAGAGACUCCCGGGAGGGGGCUGCUCCUCCCGCAGAGUUAACGCUGCCGAGCAAGGGGGCUCCAGGGCCGAGCCCCGGGCUAGCGAGGCGCCGUUACCGCCCGUGGCCCGCAAGCUGAGGUGCGCGGGCGAGCGCGCUUCGACGUCUGAAAGCUCCUGGACCAGGACGAGUGCAUGUCAGGCCUCGUCCUCUGCGGAUUCCGCGGGAGGUUCCUUAACCAUUUCAGCUUGAAGUUCCGGUGUUUGCCGGGAGGCUGGGCUUCGGAGGGAGGUAUCAAGAAACUGAUAAUGUUUCCUUGAAUUUGCUUCUGUCUUUGCUUCAUCAAUGUCCUUCAUAUUGAGUAUUUUAAGAGUGAUGCUGGAAUAUUUUGGUGUUCCCAUAAACCAGGUUUUGCAGAUCUGGGAAAAUAAAGACUAUGGAUCAGCUCGGAGUAUUGUUCGUAUUAUUGGGAAAAUUCUUCCUUUAGAACCUUGUCCCAGGCCUAAUUUUGAGCUGAUUCCAUUCUUGAACUCUGUGGACUCUGCUAACUGUGAACCUAUAGUUCCAUCUCUUGCUGAUGUUUUGUGUGUGGCAGAUGAUGAAGAAGCCAGUUAUCUCAGAUUUCGAAAUAGUAUAUGGAAAAAUGAAGAAAAGGAGAAACUUGCAUUUAUCCAUCCUUUGCAGCUAGUUGAAGAUCCAUUGUCACCUGCUCUAAGGCACAACAAACCAAGAAAAAAUGAUUGGCAUGAAAAUGAAGCUGCAAUUAAAAAAAUAGCUGCCCUUGAAGAUGAGCUUGCUUUUCUUCGCUCUCAGAUUGCUGCAAUUGUGAGCACGCAAGAACUGAGAAACAGUACAAAUUCUGGCUCCUUGGACCUGAAUGACAGGCCUAGUGGUUUGGGACAAAUGGCACCAUCAGAGAAUACUCCACUGAGUGAUGAACCAGAUUCGUUUUCAAGUUCAGUGCUUCCCGCACCCCCUCCUCCGCCACUGCCCCCUCAGUUGUCUUCUCUGCCACCUCCAUGUUCUCCUCUCCUACAACCAGCGGCUGAUAAUAUUUGUGCAUCAGAUAAUUCAGCAACUGAGGUGAAGAAACAGCACGCAGAUGAUAGGAAGACCACCUGCAGUCAUCGUUCAAAAAACCAGAAAAAUAAAGAUGUUCCAAACAUGUUGGAUGUGCUGAAGGAUAUGAAUAAGGUUAAACUUCGUGCUAUCGAAAGGUCACCUGGCGGCAGACCCAUUCAUAAAAGGAAAAGACACAACUCACCUUGGGAUCCAGUGUCUUUAAUAUCCCAUGCACUUAAGCAGAAAUUUGCAUCCCAAGAAGAAGAUUCCUUUGAGAAAGAAAAUAAUUCUUGGGAGUCUUCUCCAUUUUCUAGUCCAGAAACAUCAAGGGUGCGGUUAUAAUGCUCUCGGUCACCGUCUCAGGCCACCACGGACACCUGGACUGCUUCCAGUCUGAUGAGAGAGGUGCCAGGAGGAAAUGCCUUUAUCUUCUUCAUGUUGAACUUGGGUUGGCAGCUUAGCUAGUGAGUCUGGCCCAGACAGCAGACAAUGGGAGAGAGCCCUCUGCCCUAGCCUUCACUCCUGCUGCCCUGGCUCUCUCUUUAUCUCAGGGAAGAAGCCUAGGCUGGGCCUUAUGCAAUGAUCUUAUUUAUUAGAACUAAAAGAGCACAGCCAACAAAAGAAGGGAGAGGAAGCCCUCUUCCAUUUUAUCACAUUUAUAGUAAAUCUGGAUUGUACAAAGUCACGCACAGGGUGUUAUUCUCAAAGCCACAUAAUUCCUGGCACACACACACACACACACACACAGCCUCUCGACUGUAUUCACAUUGACCAAAUGUGUAUGUGUACACAUGAAUGAGUUUUAUGUAUAUAUACUCACUACAUAUGUACAUAUAUAUGAUAUGCAUAUAUAUUUUUCACUCAUUUUCUGCAUCUAUAACUCAUUUCGAAAUAUGAGUGUAAGUUAUGAAUCCCCCCUUAGAAAAAUGUAUAUAUUUUCAUCCUUUGAAAAGCUGCAUAUAAUUUCCUGAAUGCUCAUUUGUGUCUCAUCCAAACAGGCUCUUGGUAGGCUAAAAGGCUGUACUUCCAAAGGUUUUAAAAUAUGUGUUAGUAGGCUUGCUGAGUUGAUAUAUUAUGUAACAUGAUUUUUUUUUCCUUGAAAUUGAAAACCUGAGGAGUUAUGCCAGUUCCUCAUUGACAAUUUGAUGCAGAGUGAAGAUUUUCUGACCCAGGUCAUGUUCUGUACCGCCAACCCACAGUGUCUAUAAAUGAGAGUAUAUACGCUUCUUCAAAACAUGCCCAGGUCUCUGAGCUGAGAGCAAGGACCGUUCAUGGUAAGAUGAUGCUCGACUCAAGGUCAAAGGGACAGUCCAUUUUCAGUUACUCUGGAGUUAUGGGUUUCCAUCCCCAAGUACACCAGCUUGCGCUGUGCCUGGUGCCCGCUUCUCUCCUCCUACUCAAAAUAUUGCUUCCACUUCAAGGCCCAGUUUACAUCACUCUUCCUCCAUGAAGUUUUUAUGUUCUUCAUUUUUUAAAAAUCUCCUAAACCAUAUGCAGAAUCAAUUUCUCUUUCCCCCCUCUCUUCCCAUCACAUUUUGUUUGUAGCUAACUGAGAGGACUUAGCUAAAAGGCUCUCCCACUUUAGGUUACUUGUCUAUAAUCCUCCAGUCUCCCUCGCUGGCAUCAGAGGACCUGGAGGACAGCUCCUAGUUUGCUGCACUUCACUGGUGAUCAAGAUGAUUUUUUUUUUUUUCUUUUUAGGGUUGCACCCGUGGCAUAUGAAGGUUUCCAGGCUAGGGGUCCAAUUGGAGCUACAGCUGCUGGCCUACACCACAGCCACAGCAACGCUGGAUCUGAGCCUUGUCUGUGACCUAUACCACAGCUCAUGGCAAUGCCGGAUCCUUAACCCCACUGGGUGAGGCCAGGGAUUGAACCUGCAACUUCAUGGUUCCUAGUCAGAUUCAUUUUCACUGCGCCAAGAUGGGAACUCCAAGAUAAAUUUUGGAGGCAGUAUGUACAGUGCUUUGGGCACUUUGGCUCUGGAGACAGAAGGCUUCCAUUCUAAUUCAAGGUCUGCCAUUAAUUAGCUCUUUAUUUUCAGGAAAAACACUUGAAUUUCCAGUAAUAAUUUUCCUCUUUCUGGAAAAUAGGUAUGAUGAUAGUACCCACCUAACUGGGCUAUUGUAAAGAUUAAAUAAUAUAAUAAAUAAAAUCAUUUAGGUCGGUGUUUGAACCACAGUAAGUGCUGAAUAAAGGCUAGCUAUAUAAUUUUAUGAACUAAAUUUUAAGGGGAAUUUUCUUUAUCAUUUUGGAGUUCCUUCAUAUAGUUAAUAAGCAAUGUUAUAUGGCCAAAUGUAAAAGCAAUCAUAUUUUUUUGGACAAAAUUAAAAUCUCAUAUUAUUCUCAGAUCCUCUUAACAUUUUUUUUUCUCUUUUGGCUGCCCCAUAUCAUUAUGGAGUUCCCAGGCCAGGGGUCAGAUCCAAGUGGCAAUUGUGACCAGAGCUGAAGCCCGCAGGGAUUGUGAACCUGCGUCCCAGCUCUUCCAAAAUGCCACUGAUCCCAUGGCACCACAAUUUUUACCUUCAAUGCAUAAAGUCCAUAUGUGGCUGAUAAAAGUUCCAUCUUUUAUCCUAGCCAGCUCUAAGAUAUUGGAAGUGUCUUUAUGAUACUAAAUGAUACUGGUUUGCCUUCAACACUGUCCCUAAAACUAAAGACAUGGGUCUCUAGCUUCCAAGAGAGCCAAAGACCAUUCGAGAAGGGGGCUGAUGAAGACAGUGUCUUGAAUGUGGUUUUUGAGUCCUGUAUCUCAACUUCUUUCUAGUCGUUAUCAAAAGGAUCUCUUUUUUGUCCCAUUGAGUAUCAGGUCAGAGAGUUCAGAUAGAUAAACUGACUGCUAGAAAAAAAAUAGUUGACUUUAUCAUUGUAAUAUCUUUGGAUACAAAAGAACAGCGUAGGUGUUAACUCUUCAGAGGCUUUAAAAAAAGUUCUAUGUAUGUAAACAUACGUAAAUAUGUAUAUCUUUGACAAAUUCCUCAAAACUUUUUCAAACUGAGAUUAAGUUUUCUUGGAUUUUGCACAUUUUAAGCAUCUGAGUUUGAACAAAUGUCUGAUGGCAGGGAUUAUAUUUAUUUAUUUUUGUAUCCAUAGAUCCUAGUAUACCAUUUGAUACAUACAACAAAAGUUGCUAUUAAAAAUGUAAGACUGCAUGUUGUGUUGAAAAGGCUGCUGAGUUUAGUUGUAAUGUUUAUUUUAACAAAGAGAUUAAAAUAAAUAUUAUUAAAAGUAUCUGCACUUCAAAAAUUUGAGUAGGAAUCCAUUUUUGGGGAGAACAUUUUUAGUAUGUGAAUAAGAUAGAUUAGUGUAUCUUUCUUGUGAGAAUCAAUUUCUGUUCAGUGAGUAGUUAAUUCUUCAUUACUGAUAAAAAUUCUUCAUUUAUUUUCUUGUUUUUCCAUCUCUAACAUCUGGCAUAUUUCCUUCUGACUUCUUGUAUAAAUGUGCAUUCAUUACGUGUUUCAUACAUACCACACGUCAAAGUGCAGUUUGCACCCUCAUUUUUAUGUACAAAUCAGUCAGUAAUGGUAGAUACUCUAAAACUCCAGUGAUGUGAUUUAUUUGAUGAUGAGAAAUUAUAAUUUGGCAAGUGUCUACAUUAUAUGGGAGCAGAUCAAGUGGCUUGAUUUCCUUUGUCUAAUUAAAGACAUUUGAAACAUCAGAACUGAAAAUAUGAUGAUAGGAAGAGAAGAUCUAUUUGGGGGCUCUCAGUUCAGUCAUUCAUUUUUUUCCCCCAGUCAAAUGUUUAUGUCUUUCCCAAGCAAUAUAUGUAGCUUCUGAGAUGGUAUAGAAAGUUUAGUUUUUAAAAAUUUAUUUUAUUUGAUUUUUAUUAUAGUUGAUUUUACAGUGUUGUGUCAAUUUCUGCUGCACAGUAGAGUGACUCAGUCAUACUUAUAUACACAUUCUUUUUCUCAUACUGUCUUCCAUUAUGUUCUGUCCCAAGAGACUGGAUAUAGUUCCCUGUGCUGUAUAGCAGGAGCUUAUCCAUUCUAAAUAUUAAUGGUUUCCACCUAGGUUUUAGUUUUUAUUUUCUUAGUUUAGUUUUUUUAGCUCAUCUUCAAAAGGUUUUCUAAAUUCUAUCAUCCUGUCCUCUUUUUUUGGUCAUUUCUAACCUAGCUCCAGGUGCUGGCUGACAGCCCAAGAGAGCCCAGUGUUGCAGUAUGUACAGGUGGAUCCAUAAACCUUGGAAUGCCACCUCCUACCUGGACCAAAAGCUAAUCAACUGGAUGGAAAAGGAUUUUUUUUUUUUUUUUUUUUGUCUUUUUGCCUUUUCUAAGGCCACUCCCACGGCAUAUGGAGGUUCCCAGGCGAGGGGUCUAAUCAGAGCUGAAGCCUCCGGCCUACACCAUAGCCACAGCAACAUGGGAUCUGAGCCGUGUCUGCGGCGUACACCACAGCUCACAACAACACCGGAUCUUAACCCACUGAGCAAGGCCAGGGAUCGAACCCGCAACCUCGUGAUUCCUAGUUGGAUUUGUUAACCACUGCUCCACGACAGGAACUCUGGAAAAGGAUUUUAAAAAAAUGUUCCAGUUGUGCUUUAUUGGAAAUAAAUGCACCCUCAAGCUGCAACAUCUUGUAUAAUGCAACUGUUUUUUGGGAGUCCUUUUUUUAUUUUUUAAAUUUCAUUUCAUUUUUUAUUAAAGGAUAGUUGAUUUACCAUGUUCCUUCAGUUUCUGCUGUACAGUAAAGUGACCCAGCCACACAUACUCAUACCCAUACAUUCUUUUUUUUUUUUUUCUUACUAUCUUCCAUCAUAUUCCAACCCAAGAGACCGGCCACAGUUCCCUGUGCUGAACAGUAGGAUUUCAUUAUUUAUAAGAAUCCUUUAGAAAAUCGUCUAGCACUCAAUUUUUUCAAAAGAUGUACCAAAAUGGAGACUAAUGAUUCCCUUUAUGCAGUGAUUUUGUUAAUGACAACACACAUCUCCAAAAAACCAUGUUGAAAAUUCUGGGAAUAAUUCAUUUAUGAUACAGGGUUUAAUAUCUGAAGCAAUAUCAUAGACAAGAAUUCUUUAGGCCAGCCUACUCCUGCUGCUGAGCUAUUUUAUAACAACGAAGUAUGCCUGAUAUCUUUGAUAACAUAUCUUCUAACUCAGAGGCCAAUAAAGUUCAGAAAUAGCCUAUUAAAUAUAGCCAAUAUUUUAUAACUAUAAAGUAUAAUAUCUAAAAAUUUUGUCACUAUAAUGUACUCCUGAAAUGAAUCUAAUAUUGUAAAUCAACUAUACUUCAAUUAAAAAAUACGAUUAAAAAAAAAAUGGCCCUAGAGUUGUAAAUCUGAAUUAGGAUGGCACCUGGGAAGGAUCAUUUAUAGAAGUUUUACAAGGACUGGCUUCAACUGGCCAUCGUAUGGUGGAGACAGAUAGUCCCAGACCAUGAGCAGGUGGGCUCAGGGUUCCUGUUUUGACUUAGGACCUUUGCAAACCCUUUUGGAGCAAACUAAAUUCCUUGGCAAUCCUUGUAAACCGAUUUAAUCUUCCUGGGGGAAUAUUUCAAACCUAUGCUCUUGGCUGUGGUCAUCAUGGAGGCUGGCCCUCAAUGAGCGUUCUUUCCCAGAGUGAGAUUCAUCACUGGGCCUAAAGCAGUUAACCAUAUUGUACCAUGCUGGCUC